CCGGGCCGGCGGGCGGGGGCAUGGAGGCCGCGGGGGGCAACCUGGGCACCAUCCAGCGGGGGCUCUUUACAUCCACGCCUAGAGAGGGCCAUCCUCCUCCUGCGGAGCUCCCGAAGCGAACUGAUUCAUCAACAUCCUUCAGUAGUGAAAGUUCAGGAGAAGACUGGCUUAUAAAGGUUUGCUGUCCAGGAGCCCGGCAUCGAUACUGUAGGCAUGUCCCCGCCCAAAAGCGUAUAUCAUCACAGCCCCAAAAGACAGGAUUCCCACACUGUUUGGAUAAAGAAGAUGAGUUUGUAGAGUCUACAGAACAGAUGCCUAUUACAUCUUACCAGGGCUACCCAAGAGUGCCAAGGCAGGAAAGCUCAGACUUACAGUGGCUCAUAAGACUUCGCUGUCCAAGGGCCCAAAUGGAACAGAUGAUGGCAGAUCCAAAACAAUCUCUUCCAGCAGUGUCUACGUCCUUGAGUAGAUCACCUAGCAAGACUUGCAGAAGUAUUCCAUCUGGAGGCACAAAAGCUUCAGAAAGUUGGCUAACCCAGAAGCAUUUUUCCAUUGCACAGGCUAUAUUUAAUGAAAGCCAGGAUGUUGUUGGCACUACCCAGGCCCUGUUGGAAAGAGAGAACAACUUUGUAAGGGAAGUAGACAGGUAUUUGAAGCACAGUGAUUUCUUAGCUCUAAGGAGGAGGGAAAUGCUGUACAAGAAAUGGUUUGAGAGCGUUUCGAGCCCACUACUACAGAAAAUUCAGGACAAAGUUGACAACCAAUCAAGUGAAGAAAUAGAGAAAAGGAAGCGAAAGGAGCUCUCCCUUUACUUAAACUACUGUAAUAAGAAGGUAUUGGGCAGCACAUUUUUAGAAAGUUAUAGUCAUUCCUCUUAUGAUCCUUUCUUUCUGAAGAGUUCUACAAACACUUGGAAGGCUUCAGUUCCGCCUUUAUAUGACCCCUUGUUAAAGGAGAUACAAGGAAGGUACCUUGAGGCCGGCAUUAUUCAGCAGUGUGACACAGGAAAAAUAUACUCCUCCAAAGAGAUGAAUGGACUUCAUAAGGUUGAACUGCCGCUGCUUCCUCUGAGUCGGCAACUUAUGAAUCCAGUAGAGUGGCUGAAAAUUCCAGCUGGGUACAUGGAAAGUGAGAUUCGUCAAAACAGCCGGAGAAAAAUGAGCACAACUAGAAACGUGAGUUCUAUGGAUUUCAAGAGUUGGGGUGAUCCGUCCUGGCUUCUACUGAACAAGAGACGUCCCUCUGCCAGGAAACCAGAUUUCACCUGCAUGCCCAGUCUUUUGACAAAUCAAAUGCUAACUGGCUCAUCAGUUUGGAAAUCAGCAAUAAAAUCUGCUUCCUAAUGAUACGUCUUUGAAAUGGGUUUCUCGUCCAAGAUGUAAACCAAAAGCAGUGUGGAUAAUGAGCCACAGUUGCAGUAAAUAUUUUCAAACAACAGUAAAUCCUCAGUUUUUGCAAUAGACAGAGAUAGUUCAGGAUGAUGUACAACAACCUACAGAAAUUAUAUAUUUAUACUGUCAGGUUAGGAGUCAUACCGUGUGUGUGCAGCUUUUACUUUUCAGUAUAUUGCCUUACAUAUGGGAAAUCAUGCAGGAGGAAAGUGUUAUGUGUGCUUUAUAAUAGUCCAGGAACACAUGGAUUAAAUGCUCUGCAAAUGUGCACAGAACUAUUUUGUAAAUUUAACAGCAGUGCGGCCUUUGCUAUACGAGUAAGCUCUUUAGCAGUUAUUGAUUCUGGCCACAGUGCAAUAACAUAAAGCACAGACAUAUUUACAGUAGGGAAUCCUUCAUUUAAAUGGGUUUGAAAUAUUGGGUUGUAUCAAAAGCACCAUCAGUGUAGUUCUGCUGGUGCAGAGACACUCCUAUUUCCUCUCCUUCCCCUGCACAUCCCCAGAAUCUCCAGAGAGAGAAGAAAGGAGGGGAAGUGGCAAAAUGGGAGUGUUGGAUACCGCCCAUAAGAGUGUGCGCAUGGAGGUGUGUGUGUAUAAGUACAAAUACACACAAUAUGUAAUAUAUAAUAUACAUAGACACAAAAUGCAGACAUAUUUUGUUACAGUUGACUAUGGUUUCCUCUCAUAUAAAAAUCCCCCUCCAAAAUAAAUGGGGCUUGAAUAGGAGAUGGUCUUGGUGGACUCGUCCACUUAGUGUCCUGUUGCUGACUUUACCUAGUUCAGUUAAAAAGUAUUGUAUAUUUUAGACAAGUAUUAUAGUUGACAAAACACAGGCAUCUAACAGAGGGUAAUGUCAACCUCAUGCGUCCCCAGUUUUCCCAAUAAUGGACUUUAAUCUGACUUUGAAAUACUCGAAUGGUACUUAAAUGAGAUGUUAAGAGACUGAAAUAAAACAAAUUUCCAAACAAUUUUUCCAGUACUAUGUUCCCUCCAUGGUUUAGAGCAGAUGGUAAAACCUGCAUUUUAGUGAGUACCUGGCUGAUUUUUUUUAAGCUAUAUAUAUAUAUUUGUUUUUGGCCCUUAGUCAACUGUUAAUUGACUAAGGGCCAAAAUUGAGGUAAUAUGAAAGAUACUCUUUGUUCAGUUUGAUAUGACAAUGGCAGCUGAAUGAGCAUGCACCCUAAAUGUGCAGAAAAUAUAUAGUAAGGAGCACUACCAAAUGCUGACAAUGUUAAGAAUAUCCAAAGUGAACCUGUUGAACUUCAUGCUGAUGAAGAACAAUGCAUUAUCUACCAGAGGCAAUUGGACAGCCCCUUCUUCCACAAGCAUGUUCUUGAAACUAAUGCAUGAAGAUUCCAGUUUGGAUGCACACCAUAGAUCUUCGACUAAGAAAUGUUGACUCUUCAAGAUAUUAACCUGAAGUGUGCCAGUUGCAAAUAAAGACGUAACUUAUGUACAA